AUGGCAAUUCAGCAUCACAAUGACCAACUAGAACCCAGCGAAAAUGUCUCAUCUGUUCUUGAUGCCCUUUAUUGUGAUGAAGGAAGAUGGGAAGAGGAAGAGGAGGGACAAGAAGAAGAAGAUGAAGAAAGUGAUGUGACAACAAACAAUGAUGGGGUGCACCACAUGGACACUUCUUCUCUUUUUCCUAUCCUAUUGUUGGAGCAAGACUUGUUCUGGGAGGAUGAAGAACUAAACUCACUCUUCUCCAAAGAGAAAGUUCAACAAGAAGGAUCCUAUAAUGAUAACAAUGUGCACUUUGACUCCUCUCUCUCUCAGCCUCGUCGUGAGGCUGUGGAAUGGAUGCUUAAAGUCAAUGCUCAUUAUGGAUUCUCAGCUCUCACUGCAACACUGGCUGUUAGUUACUUGGAUAAGUUCCUUCUAAGCUUCCAUUUUCAAAGAGAGAAGCCAUGGAUGAUCCAGCUUGUGGCUGUCACUUGCAUCUCUUUGGCUGCAAAAGUUGAAGAAACUCAAGUGCCUCUACUCUUGGACCUUCAAGUGCAAGAUAGCAAGUAUGUGUUUGAGGCAAAGACUAUUCAGAGAAUGGAGCUGUUGGUGUUGUCUACCCUCAAAUGGAAGAUGCACCCUGUGACCCCACUCUCAUUUCUAGAUCACAUUAUAAGAAGGCUUGGAUUGAAAAAUCAUCUCCAUUGGGAGUUUCUCAGGCGCUGUGAGCAUCUUCUUCUGUCUGUGCUUUUAGAUUCAAGAUUUGUUGGUUGUCUUCCUUCUGUGUUGGCCACUGCAACAAUGUUGCAUGUUAUAGACCAGAUUGAGCACAGUGGAGGGGUGGAAUACAAGAAUCAGCUUCUUGAUGUUCUCAAGAUUAGCAAGGAGAAAGUAGAUGAAUGUUAUAAUGCCAUUCUCCAACUCUCAAAUGUGAAUAAUAAUUAUGCUAAUAACAACAAUGGGAAGCGGAAGUAUGAACAAAUCCCUGGCAGCCCAAGUGGCGUAAUUGAUGCUGCUUUUAGUUCUGAUGGUUCCAACGAUUCGUGGGCAGUGGGGUCAUCAUUAUAUUCAUCACCAGAGCCUCUGUUCAAGAAGAGCAGAACCCAAGGACAACAAAUGAAAUUGUCACCACUUAACCGGGUCAUUGUCGGAGUUGUUGGCACCUCUCCUUAAUACCGUUUUCUCUCUCUCCUUCACCAAAGAAAGAACCCAAAAAAAGAUCUUAUAUUUAUUUACUGCGGUAAUUAAUCUUUCCAUGCAUGUUGCUAAACUAUAGUGCCUUCUUCUCUGUUAUCCAUUUCUUCAUUUCCAACAAUGUCCCACAUUGGCACAUUCAUUUACAUCUCUUG